AUGGUAUUAAGGUUUAAAGAGUACUGGACCAGUUCGGUAGACGAGAGCUAUGUUACAACCGACUUCUAUAUCGACAUCGGAAAGGAGACUUGCCCGCAGCAGCUUUCGAAAGUCAUACCUCAGGAUCCCAUGGCAGCUGAAGGAAAUAAUAAUAAAGAAGAUAUGCAAGCCGAAACGCUACUAUAUAAGCGAUGUUGCCUAGAGUCAUAUUCUUCUCAAAUUAGCAAUUCAUCCGCCGAUGAAGGAUCCCAGAAGCAGGUGUUUUAUCUAUUUACUAUGCUUGGUGAUAGUAGGAGCUUAAUGAUUAAGAUCGGUAAUCGCUUAAAAUGCCGCUCUACUGGUCUUCUCUACUCUCAGUUCUACCCUAGUAUUAAGGAAGUCUUUGCAGUAGGAAAUAUAUAUCCAUUUGCAAACACAGCUAUUAAAACCCUUACUUUAGAUAAGAAAUUAAGGAAAACAUGGGAACUUGUCGGAGGUGGCCUUAGCUAUUAA